UCUUCAGAAGCGAGCUUAUGCGAGAGCCUCCACCAAUGGAGUCGUAGUAGUUAGUAGCUUAAUUUGGUUCUAAAGAAAUUCUCGUUUAUUUUUUAUUGCGUCUCUGGUGAAACCCUAUUCCGUGGCCGAGCUCUGACCAUGCUCUAAUGGCGAAGGGUCGGAAAUUGACGACGAGCCGAAGCGAAAGGUUACUGGGGAGCUUCAGCUAUGGCAACGGCCACGGUCAUGGGUCGAACGGAACGGACUCAUCGGAGCUCGGAGAAGAAGAUGUCUGGUCCAUGGUUGACGGCAUGACUGACCGGGAGAACCACGUCGGUUACAGCAGCAACAAUUCGCAGGGGGAGUGGACUCCACCCGCCUCUGUGGAGAGCAACGGAAGCGUGGGUUUCAGGAGCCGCCGCCGGAUCCCCCGGGAUGACCGACAGGUUGGUGGGCUGUCCCUGGCCUUCGAGGAGUCGGGCCGCCCGACAGCGUCUUCUAGGAUCGUGCACCAGUUCCGCGGGAACGAUGACGUUGCGGCAGCGCCGUCUCCACGUGGGGGCCACCAAAUGGCCACGUCGGCGCCAGUGAACGUGCCGGACUGGACCAAGAUCCUCCGAAUCGACUCGGUCGAGUCGUUGCACGAGCUGGACGAAGGCUUGGGCGAUGGCGACCCGGAGAUGGUCCCCCCACACGAGUACCUGGCGCGUAGCCGGAAGACGGCUGCCACGUCGGUUUUUGAGGGCGUGGGCCGGACGCUGAAGGGCCGGGACAUGAGGCGGAUCAGAGAUGCGGUUUGGAGUCAGACCGGGUUCGAUGGCUAAUUACGAAAGGAUUAAAUCCGGUUAGAUAAUUAGUUGGUAAUGUUACUGCUGUUUGUUACUGCUGUUUGCUGGUAAUGUUAAUUGCUAUUUUUUGGGGGAGUUUAUUGGGCGAUGAUUCGGUCUAGUCGGGGUGGGUUCAAACGAGUCAACUCGGCUUACGUGUGAGCCCAAGCAUAUUUGUUCAGAUUUUGUGGCUCUGAUGGAGAGGUCCUCUUGUUCUGUCCUGGGUCCUGGAAUUUGGGAUUUGGGUUUCCAAAAUUCCCCAAUUUCUUUAGAAAGUAAUUUCACUGGUUGUGAGCGUAGCGUUUGUCUUGUCCAACUCUCUGUACCAAUGGACGUCUUAACUCAUUUUU